CCGCCCGACUUCAUCUAUUUGGGAGUAGAUAACUCGAUUUCUUCUGCUUAUCCGGGCACGGGCCAGCGGCGGCCAUGUUGCACCGCCUUUGCCCAGUGUCCGUCGCCACCACGGCGGCUCUUACGCGCAUCGGCUCUCGCCUCUACUCCUUCCAGUCGUUUCGAGGCCUCUUCUUCCGUGCUUCGGUCACUGCCGACUUCCGAUGUGUGACCCGGAGGCAUCGCCCUCCGUUGAGACGAUUGGUACCUCUUAACUCCCGAGGCCAUAGCACCAUUUCCAAGGGGCAGACUGACUAUUCUGAAGCAAUUGAGGAACAAUAUGACGUCAUUGUAGUAGGGGGAGGGCAUGCAGGCUGUGAAGCUGCACUUGCAUCUGCUAGACUUGGUGCACGGACUCUACUUCUUACUCUCAAUAUUGAUCGUAUCGCAUGGCAGCCAUGCAAUCCAGCAGUUGGUGGUCCUGCAAAAUCUCAGUUGGUACAUGAAGUGGAUGCUCUCGGUGGUGAAAUAGGGAAAAUUGCUGAUAGGUGUUAUUUACAAAAGCGCGUCCUUAAUCGUUCAAAAGGCCCUGCUGUUCGAGCAUUGCGUGCUCAGACAGAUAAGAGGGAGUAUGCCAUGGAAAUGAAAAAAGUUGUUGAAAGCUCCCCAAAUCUUUUCAUUAGAGAAGCUAUGGUGAUUGAUAUCUUGGUAGGCAAGAAUGACAAUGUGGAAGGAGUUUCAACCUUCUUUGGCAUGAACUUCUAUGCCUCUUCUGUUGUUCUGACAACAGGAACUUUUAUGAGUGGUAAGAUCUGGGUUGGUAGAAAAUCAAUGCCUGCAGGACGAGCUGGGGAAUCUGCUUCUUAUGGAGUAACUGAGAGAUUGCAGCAGCUUGGAUUUGAGACGGACCGACUCAAGACAGGAACUCCGGCACGUGUUGACAGACGUAGUGUUGACUUCUCUGGUUUAGAACCUCAGCACGGAGAUGAAGAGUUAAGUUGGUUCAGCUUUGAUCCUGAUUAUCACAUAGAGCGAGAGCAAAUGUGCUGUUAUUUGACACGCACCACAAAAGAUACCCAUCAGCUAAUCAGAGAUAACUUACACGAAACACCAACUUAUGGAGGUUGGGUAGAAGCAAAAGGUCCAAGAUACUGUCCAUCCAUUGAAGAUAAGAUUGUCAGAUUUCAAGACAAAGAUUCCCAUCAAAUAUUUCUUGAACCGGAAGGCCGUACUGUCCCUGAUAUCUACGUGCAGGGGUUUUCUACUGGUUUACCUGAGAGGCUGCAAUUGGCACUUUUAAGAACAUUACCUGGGCUUGAAAAUUGUUUGAUGCUCAGACCAGCAUAUGCUGUGGAAUAUGACUACUUGCCUGCCCAUCAGUGCUCGAGAUCCCUAAUGACAAAGAAGAUUGAAGGUUUGUUUUUCUCAGGCCAGAUUAAUGGAACCACAGGCUAUGAAGAAGCAGCAGCUCAGGGACUUGUUUCUGGGAUUAAUGCUGCGAGACAUUCAGAUGGAAAAUCUGAAAUAAUUCUUGAGAGAGAAAGUAGCUACAUUGGUACCUUAAUUGAUGAUCUUGUGACAAAAGAUUUACGGGAGCCUUACCGCAUGUUAACAAGCCGUUCAGAGCGUCGAUUACUUCUUCGCGCUGACAAUGCUGAUAGCCGGCUGACUUCUUUGGGUCGAGAAAUUGGUUUAAUAGAUGACAGACGUUGGAAUAUCUACCAGUUAAAGCAAGCUCGAAUAAUGGAGGAGAAGGAGCGUUUGAAAUCUGUGCGAAUUUCAGGUGGUAGUUUUGCUGCUGAUGUUAGUGCCUUAUCUGGACAACCGGUUAAAGACUCUUCUACAUUGGAAAGCAUUCUAAAGAAACCUCAUAUAGAAUACAAAGUUCUUGACAAGCAUGGCUACGGUAACCAACUUUUAUCCAGGAUGGAGAAAGAAUGUGUGGAGAUUGACAUCAAGUACGAGGGCUUUAUUGCACGCCAACAGAGUCAGUUGCAACAAAUCAUUAAUCAACAACAUAGAAAAUUGCCAGACGACUUGGAUUACUAUUCCAUGACAACUUUGUCUCUGGAAGCACGGGAGAAGUUAUCUAAGAUCAAGCCCCAAACUCUUGGUCAAGCAAGUAGGGUUGGUGGUGUGAGUCCUGCCGACAUCACAGCUCUCCUCAUUGUCCUAGAAACUUAUCGCAGGAAGGCCAAAGAUAGGAAAAUGCAAGACUUAGUUAAAUCAGCUAGAGAUAACUCUGAUGAACCUGAAGCUUCUUUAGCUACUGCUGCACAUACAGCUGGUGCACUGUAAGAGUUACGGAUGCAAAUUUUCCAUCCACUCAUUUUGUUGUUUCUUUUGCUCAUAUAGAAGGUUUUUUAAGUUCGUUAAUGUAUCAUUCUGCAACUUUUUUAUUUUUCAGUUUCCAAUAUUUAUCAGUUAAAUCUUGCCUUGGAUGCCAAUCUAAUGAAAGUUUCAUUUUGUAUCGAA